GCUGUCACCGUCGCCCUUUGCCCAGAGUCAUGGAAGACGGCCCGCUGCCGGACCUCCGCGACAUCGAGCUGAAGCUGGGGCGCAAAGUGCCGGAGAGCCUGGCGCGCUCGCUGCGCGGGGAGGAGCUGGCGCCACGGGACCCGGCGGCCGAGCCCUGCGGGGGCAGCAGCGGCAGCAGCAGCCUGGCGCCCUCCGCGUCCUCCUCCUCCUCGUCCUCCCCGGCCUCGGGCUCCCCGCGACGGGGCCACCCCAGCGCCCUGGAGAGGCUGGAGACCAAGCUGCAGGUCCUCAGGCAGGAGAUGGUUAACCUCAGAGCCACUGACGUAAGGCUCAUGCGCCAAUUGCUCCUUAUUAAUGAGAGCAUCGAGUCCAUCAAGUGGAUGAUCGAGGAGAAGGCCACCAUCACCAGCCGAGGCAGCAGUGUCAGUGGCAGCCUGUGCAGUUUACUGGAGAGUCAGAGUACCUCUUUACAUGGCAGCUACAACAGCCUCCACGACGACAGUGAUGGGCUGGACGGCAUCUCUGUGGGGAGCUACCUGGAUACUUUGGCAGAUGAUGUACCGGGCCAUCAGACCCCUUCAGACUUGGACCAGUUCAGUGACAGCUCCAUUAUAGAUGACUCGCAGGCACUGCACAAACACCCCAAAUUGGAUUCUGAGUACUACUGCUUUGGAUAAUGACCUGGUUUUUUGCAUGGGACUGGUGUGCAAUUAACUUGUAUGCAUCCUUCUUCUCUGCCGCUAUAUUUUUGGUGUGAUUUACUUUAAUAAGGCAAUCUUUUUAAAGAAGCUUAUUUUUAAACUGCUUAAUGAUGCUUCUGUGGCUCCUAAUGCUUCUCAUCUAGACUGAUUUAUUUUUCUCUGUUACAUCUCUAUUUUUAUUUAUUAUGAUAAACUUUGCCCCUUCUCUUACAGUAGCACAGACAAAAGAGGGGGAAAGAAGAAGCAAUAAUUGUUUUUGCUUUUGUUUUCAGAGCAAGGGGUCAGGGAUUAUCAGAAAAAUUUUGCUAAAUUUUACAAUAAACCAAAGUCUGAUAACUUUU